GGGGCCGCGCAGGCGCGCAGAGUGCCCCGGCUCCGGAGCAUAAACAAGAGCGGGCACGGGAUGAGGCGGCGGUUGAUCCCCGGGCAGCCAGCUGCGGCCAGCGAGGCGGCGAGCGGGGCCCGGCGCCGACCCUGAGCGCACCCGACACGCCCUCCCGCGCGCGAGCCCCGGGCCGGGCCCGCCCGCCGCGCGCCCACCAUGAACCUGGCGAGUCAGAGCGGCGAGGCCGGCGCCGGCCAGCUGCUCUUCGCCAACUUCAACCAGGACAACACGUCCCUAGCUGUUGGUAGUAAGUCCGGUUAUAAAUUUUUCUCCCUUUCUUCUGUGGAUAAGCUGGAACAGAUCUAUGAAUGCACUGAUACUGAAGAUGUGUGCAUUGUCGAGAGGCUGUUCUCAAGCAGCCUGGUGGCCAUCGUCAGCCUCAAAGCUCCUCGGAAGCUCAAAGUUUGCCAUUUUAAGAAAGGAACCGAGAUCUGCAACUACAGCUACUCGAACACCAUACUGGCCGUGAAGCUGAACAGGCAGAGGCUGAUAGUGUGUCUGGAGGAGUCUCUCUAUAUACACAGCAUUCGGGACAUGAAGGUCCUGCACACGAUCAGGGAGACGCCCCCCAACCCUGCAGGCCUGUGCGCGCUAUCCAUACACAACGACAAUGGCUACUUGGCGUACCCAGGCAGUGCCACCAUCGGAGAGGUGCAAGUGUUCGACACCAUGAACUUGAGAGCAGCGAACAUGAUCCCGGCUCACGACAGUCCUUUGGCAGCGCUGGCGUUUGACUCCACUGGAACCAAGCUCGCCACUGCCUCGGAGAAGGGGACCGUGAUUCGGGUGUUCUCCAUUCCAGAAGGACAGAAACUCUUUGAGUUCCGGAGAGGAGUGAAGAGGUGUGUGAGCAUCUGCUCCCUGGCCUUCAGCAUGGACAGCAUGUUCCUCUCUGCGUCCAGCAACACCGAGACUGUGCACAUCUUCAAACUCGAGACUGUGAAAGAAAAGCCUCAGGAGGAGCCCACCACCUGGACUGGGUACUUCGGGAAGGUUCUCAUGGCCUCCACCAGCUAUCUGCCUUCCCAGGUGACAGAGAUGUUCAACCAGGGCAGAGCCUUUGCCACAGUCCGCCUGCCUUUCUGCGGCCACAAGAACAUCUGCUCACUGGCCACAAUUCAGAAGAUACCCCGGCUACUGGUGGGGGCGUCCGACGGGUACUUGUACAUGUACAACCUGGACCCGCAGGAGGGCGGCGAGUGCACCCUGAUGAAACAGCACAAGUUGGAUGGCAGCAUGGAGACAACCAAUGAGAUCUUAGACUCGGCCUCUCACGACUGCCCCUUAGUGACCCAGACCUACAGCACAGCGGCUGCCACAGGGGCUCACGUGCCUUCGUCUCCGACCAGACUUGCCUACACAGAUGAGCUGGGAGCAGUGGGCGGCGCGUGUCUGGAAGAGGAGGCCAGCGCUCUGCGGCUGGAGGAGGACAGCGAGCACCCUCCUAUGAUUCUUCGGACGGACUGAACUUGACCUGUGAACUCUGACCCCCGAAGCAGAGAACACUGGCUUGACGGAGGACUUUGUUAUGCUGCUAUGAACUUUGACCUGAGUUGGGGAGAGGAUGGCAGAGACUUAAAAAAAAGAAAGAAAAAAAAAAAAGAUCGUAGCUGUAGUCUCAUUCCAUACUGUUGAGAAAUACAUCGUUUUCACUUCAGUGGCUUUUAAUCCUGCUUAGGAAUCUUAGCUUUUUGUUUGUUUUCUCUUUUUGCCAAAAUUAACUGUUUGGUGAAGCCCUUGAAACCUUGCUUUGCAUGCAUUAAUGUGCCAAGCCGGCGUAGGAGAACUAGAAGCCACUUUUUGACAACUGCAGUUGCUUGGUUUCUAAAACCUGCACAUAACGAGGCGCGCACGUGAGGACGAGAUGGCAUCGUGCAGAGCGGUUCUGGGUGUCGAGGCGGGUUCUGCUCGGGCGGGUCCAAGAGCCCUCUCCGGGCUUGCCAGGCCGGGGGGCGUCCGCUGGGGGGAGGAGUCCUUUCUCCCCACAGCCCCUCCUGGGCCCUUUUCCCCAUUUUAUUUUGUUAAUUAAAUUCUUUCCAAAUUGGAUUAUUCUGGGAUUUCUUGCUUGCCGGACUUUUAUCUUCUUUCUGGCCUUAUUUUCCAUGUGGGUGCUGGAGAGAGGCGUUCUUUCUGGUAUUCAAAGUCUUCCUCUCGGACAGCACGUGCUCUGGAAAGACUACGUCGGAAGGCCAGAGCGAAGGAAAGUGGUCUCACUUGUGUAAUUAAAUGACCUGGUCUUUAAUUUUCCUGGUGAGAAACUGCGGUGGAGGGGAGUUUGCUCGUCUUUAGGGAAUUUUGUAGCCUUUCCCUAUACCCAUGGAGCCCAGAAUCAGAGUCGGGGGGUCACCCAAACUGCCCUCUGACCUUGCGCCCUGCCCUCUGUCAGGGGCUCUUCUCACCUGUGUUGGAAAUACUAGAGACAGAAACGCAGUGAGGGCGGCAGUUGGCUCUGAGCACCUGCCUUUUGGGGUGAUAUGUGCCUUUUCUAUUUUCACCUUACAGAGUUCUUCAGAGUGUCGCCAGAUUGGGGUCACAGGUCCUAGUGUUAGCCCAGCUCCCCUCUUCAUUUUUGCAGAGUUACACGAGCACAGAUACCUCGAACUCUGCAUUCCAAACCAAGACAUCCAGCAGUCCAAGCUUUGAGGCAAUUCAAGUGGAGUUAAUGGUGUGAAAAAUCAUGAUAGAUUCUUUGGAACGGUGACGGUUAAGGACAGGAUUGAAAAAAAAAAAAAAUACUGGAUCCGCUCUCUUUUCUCCCUUUGUAGGGCUUCUAAGCAGACGGGGCCAGAGCUCUGGGUUGCGUUGGUUGAGGCCGUCGUGUGGCCUGGAGAAGGGGAAGGGCAGUCGUCAGUGGCGCAGACGGCCCACUCCACAGGCCCAACCUCGAGGUCAGCCCACAGUUCUGGGGCUGUGUGUCCAGCGGUCCGCUUAGGUGGAAGCCUCUGUGCAGAGGGCAUCCCGACUGCGGCGGAAGUUUCUAGAAGCGCCGGUUAUGGCAGCAACCAGAGACGCUGUGCUAGUCAGAGAUGAGCUUCCCUCAACGGCACCUGCCUGCCCCUCCAAUGAGCUGUGAGCUCCGUCUCCGCAUCGGCUGAGCCCUGAGCAGGGGUCCUCCUCACCCGAGGACUCGUGGGUGCAGACUCGCUGUGUCAGGCCUGGGAGGCCCUCUCUCUGACCCCUCUGGAGCAAGGCGCUGGACUCCGUGUCCUCAGGGGCACAUGUGGCCGGGGUGAGUGUUCUUGCGAAAAUUGGCAUCAAAGGUGCGCAUGGUGGGCGGGGGGCACGGAGCUGCGGCCUCCUCCUUAACGAAGAGAGAACUUUAUUUCCUGUGUGUGUUAAAUACUGCCUACCUUGGCAUCUGCUUGCUGGCUUCCACACUCGCAGCGAAGUGUGGGAAGUCAGUUCGGCUCCAUGGUUUCUCCUGGCAGAGGCCGUGGCCACGUCUGUCCUGGGAGCCGGGGGACUCCCUUGCCUGUCAGCCACCAUCUCCUCCACGGCAGGACGGGCGCUUAGAACAGGCGACCCAGGCGGCCUGUGACCGGCAGGGCUGGCCAGGUGCUUCGAGCCUGAGACGCGGGUGGGGACACCGGAAAGGAGGGAACCCGAAGAAGCUGCCGAGGUGCCCAUUCGCGGGGCUCCUGAGACGAAAAGGCACCCGGCUGAACCCGACGUGGCCCUCGGUUGGUCACUGGACACCAGGGUUAACUUUCUAUUACAUCAGAGUGUUCCAAGCUCCUGAAGGAAUCGGGAUAGGAAACAAAACCAGACACUUCCUUCACUGACCCGUGGGGAUUGGGACAAAACCCUUCAUGUUUCUAAAGCUGCGGAAGCCAUGGGUGGAUGGAAGCCAGAGCUGAAAACACCCGUGUGCAACCCCCGAUUCUAGCGCCUUCCUGUUGCCGUGGCCUGCGAGGCUCCCCUGGGGGCCCAGGUCUCCUGUGCAGGACCACAGGACAGUCCUUGCGUGGCGGGCUACGGGCACCUGGCAAACCCCGGAACAGAAAUGGGUCUUACAGAGCCCAGCCGAAGGUGGUUCUCAGUUCUUGUCUCUGAGUACUAAGCUGGUGGGAAAGGAAAAAUAACGUACGUGGCACAGUUGAGGUCACGUGGCUCCCUUUCAUCCCUGCCUUUCCCGCUCCCGGUUUCCAGGGCCCCUAAGAGGGCCCCUGUGUGGGUCUUGGGCAGGGGUGUGGGGAGACGUGCAGCGAGAGCACUGCAGGUCUGCGGUCGCCCCAGAGCAGAGCCCCCUCCACCAGUGGCCGGUCCGCCCCCUGGCCACCAAGAACCACAGAGUUCCCAGGCUUUGCCUCCUCACAGAUCCAUUUAGGAAGCAGAUGAAAAGACGGGGUCAUAUACAGAAAAGACCAGGCAUCCUCAGGUCACAGACUCACAAAGGGAAACGAGGCGGUGGGUGGCGGGAACAGUGUUCCUGGCUCGACACAGCUGCCCGUGGCGGCCUUGGUAAUGGCCUUGGUAAUGGCCUCCGUGCUCUGCGCCAGCCGUGCUGGGUUGGUCUGUAUGUCCCCCAUCCUACGUGUCCGGAGGUCCCACCUUUUGCAUGCAGAGGAUGAUAGGACUUCUCAUUUAAAAUAUCUUUGCGACACUGUAGCUAACACAGCUGGAAAUCCAAAUAUGUUAUUUUACAAGUGUACUUAAUUCUUAAGAUGGACAGGUCGAGAACUUGGUGUCAGAGACGGAAGAAGACAGUGUGCAUUCAAGCCACUGGUGUGCUGCUGGGGAGGAGUGCUUUCUAUAGAAUUCUCUUUUGUGAACAACUGAUUUCUUACUGAAAAUAUGUAACAAUAGUUCAUUGCUAAGCAGAGCUCACUGAUGCAUAUCGCAGUUUCCACCCACGUCCUAAACCCCCAUGGCCCGUAUUGUAGCUUUUCAUCCCGUGGAUUUUGUGAAGCACACAAAAAUUGGCAGCCCCUCUUCUCCUUCGCUGGUAUCAGACCAGGAAAGUCUUUCAUUUGGAAAAAUUAAAUCUUUUCAAAGCUCAGAAUUUUAAGGGACUGUUUUGGUACGUUUUCUCCAUAUUAUUUCAUUCUUUACUGAGUUGUAAUUUAAUUCUGUUCCUUCUCACAUUUCCUUUUCAGGUGAACCUAUUGUACGUGCUGCCCGUGUGUAUGGGGUCGGGGGAGGCGGCAGUGUGUGUGUGCACGUGUGCUCGCGCGUGUGUUUGCCCAUGUGUGCACACGCGCAUGUACUAUGAGUAAAUGUGCUCCCUGGUAACAUUCCAGACCCAGUCAGACUGGGAAGCCCUUGCCUUUUGCAUUUUACAAUGGCGUUAAGACUGUGAAACCUGUGGUGUCCCUUUCCUCCCCCGGUUGCUUCGUGCCCCUCUCCCAGGCUGGACGUCUCUUUUGUUACCACAUUUAAAACGCACUGUAAUCCUUACCUAGAAUAUUAUGGCAAAACAGCAGAAUCCUGCAGUCCGACUGAAAUCUCAUAAAGGUUUUCAUCCAGA